UUAUUUUUGGUUCUUGAUUGUCUCACUCAUGCAGGUAUCAACCACCUGCCUUCGCUUCCAGAAAGUCAAAUCGACAACCCCCCAUUAGAGCGGUCCUAUUUUUCUAGCAUUAUUUAAUUCUCCGUCAUAUUCUUCAUCAUAAAGCUUCUUAUGGUGAAAACGAUGGCCAUCGUCAUCACCAUCACCAGUAAUUUCUGCUGCAUUCGUUGUCUCGACCUGGUCAUAAAUGUACCAUUCUCGAGCUUUCACACUCUAGUCUCCCUUGCUGAUGCUUGCUUCCAUAGGACAAGAAGAGUGCCCUGUUUGGUUCAUGAGAGAUAUCUAAGAAGUUUGGUGCUUUCUACCUUCUUGGAUUGCGAUGUCUCUUGCAAAGAGUUGGGAUUAUGAAGUUGUUUUCAGCUUGUGGUUCUGCUGCUUUUUGCUACCGGUUUCUGCGCAGGAUUUUAUCACUGAUCCCACUGAAGUUGACGCAUUGAAAAUCAUCAAGCAAAGUUUGGUUGAUCGUAAUGGAAAUCUGAGCAACUGGAACAGUGGAGAUCCAUGUAGAUCUAACUGGACAGGGGUUGUAUGCUAUAAUACAACAUUAGUUGAUGGUUAUCUCCACGUUCAAGAAUUGCAACUGCUGAGUAUGAAUUUUUCUGGAACUUUGGCACCAGAGAUUGGCCGCUUGGCCUAUCUGACAAUAUUGAGCUUUAUGUGGAACAACAUAAGUGGGAGUAUCCCGAAGGAAAUUGGCAAUAUCUAUACCUUGGAGCUCUUACUCUUGAAUGGCAACCACUUAACAGGGCCUUUGCCAGAAGAGCUUGGUUAUCUUCCAAAUUUAAACAGAAUUCAAAUUGAUCAAAACAAAAUAUCAGGACCUUUACCUGCAUCAUUUGCAAACCUGAACAUGACAAAGCACUUUCACAUGAACAACAAUUCGAUUAGUGGACAAAUCCCACCAGAGCUCUCCCGCAUGCCAAAUCUUGUCCACCUUCUUCUUGACAAUAACAACUUAUCAGGAUAUCUUCCUCCUGAGCUCUCUGAGAUGCCCAACAUACUUAUCAUUCAACUUGACAACAACAACUUCAGUGGGAAUACAAUUCCAGCGUCUUACGGCAACAUGUCAAAAUUGUUGAAAUUGAGCCUUAGGAAUUGCAGCUUGCAAGGAUCGGUUCCUGAUUUAAGUAGGAUACCGGAACUUGGUUAUCUUGACCUCAGUUCCAAUGAGUUGAAUGGAUCAAUUCCUCCUAACAAGCUUUCUGACAAUGUUACAACAAUUGAUUUAUCAAACAACGAGCUUACUGGAACCAUUCCAUCCUAUUUUUCUCUUCUUCCUCUUCUUCAGAGAUUGUCAAUUGCAAACAAUUCUUUGAAUGGCAGUAUUCCUUCUACCAUUUGGCAGAGCAAGACUUUAAAUGCAACGGAAAGCUUUAUCAUGGAAUUUCAACAUAAUAGUUUUACAAGCAUAUCAGGCAGUACUAGCCUUCCUCCAAAUGUCUCACUCUGGCUUGAGGGAAAUCCUCUAUGUUCUAAUGAUAGCCUAGCUCAGUUUUGCGGAUUAGAAGCCAAUAACACUGAUACUAUGGUUUCAACAUACUUCAAUGGUAGCUGUCCUAGUGCAGCAUGCCCCCCUCCUUUUGAAUAUUCUCCAUCAUCUCCAGAGAAAUGUUUCUGUGCAGCCCCUUUGAUUGUUGAAUAUCGGCUGAAAAGUCCGGGAAUUUCAGCUUUUCCUUCUUAUAUAGAUUUAUUUGAGAACUAUCUGACAGAUGGACUUAAGUUAUUCAUUUAUCAACUACACAUUGAUACAUAUUUUUGGGAAGAAGGGCCACGACUGAGAAUGCUCUUGAAGCUUUAUCCUGUCUAUCUUGUUCAGAACCAAAGCUCACAUAUUUUCAACAGAAGCGAGGUUCUAAGGCUAAGAAGCAUGUUCACAGGAUGGUUAAUUCCUGACAACGAUAUAUUUGGGCCUUAUGAACUACUUGGCUUCCAUCUCCUAGAUCCUUACAAGGAUUUGAUAGAAACCUCUAGACAAAGUUCAAGGAUAAGCACGGGUGCACUGAUUGGCAUAAUAAUAGGGACAAUUGCCUGUGCUGUUAUAGUAUCUGUAACUGUCAGUCUUCUUAUAGUCAGAGUGCUCAUGAGACGUUGGCGCUCAAUAUCAAAACGACAUCAAACUUCAAAGGUUUCCAUAAAAAUUGAUGGUGUGAGGGCCUUUACAUAUGAAGAAAUGGCACAGGCUACAAACAAUUUUAGCAACACAGCACAAGUUGGCCAAGGUGGUUAUGGGAAGGUUUAUAAAGGAAAUCUUGCUGAUGGCACUGUGGUUGCCAUAAAGCGUGCGCAGGAGGGAUCCCUGCAAGGUGAGAGGGAGUUCCUGACAGAAAUACAAUUAUUAUCCAGGUUACAUCAUCGUAACCUUGUGUCUUUAGUUGGAUACUGUGAUGAAGAAGGUGAACAGAUGCUGGUUUAUGAAUUUAUGUCAAAUGGCACACUUAGGGAUCACCUUUCUGCUAAUUCAAAAGAAGCUCUGAGUUUUGCUAUGAGAAUGAGGAUUGCAUUAGGGUCAGCUAAAGGUAUUCUGUAUCUACAUACAGAAGCAGACCCGCCAAUAUUCCACCGAGAUGUCAAGGCUAGCAACAUAUUAUUGGAUUCUAAGUUCACAGCAAAAGUUGCUGAUUUUGGACUAUCACGGCUUGCCCCUGUUCCAGACAUUGAAGGAGUUGUGCCAGCUCAUGUAUCUACUGUGGUAAAGGGGACCCCGGGUUACCUUGAUCCAGAGUACUUCUUAACUCAUAAGCUGACAGACAAGAGUGAUGUUUACAGUCUUGGUGUUGUAUUUCUGGAACUAUUGACUGGGAUGCAACCAAUCUCGCAUGGCAAAAACAUUGUUAGAGAGGUUAAUAUUGCAUACCAAUCUGGUGUGACAUUCUCUGUUGUUGAUGGACGCAUGGGGUCUUACUCUUCAGAGUGUGUUGAGAAAUUCUUGAAUCUGUCCUUAAAGUGUUGCCAAGAUGAGCCAGAUGCACGGCCUAAAAUGGCGGAAGUGGUUCGAGAGCUUGAAAAUAUAUGGGCUUUGAUGCCGGAGUCUGAUACCAGGAGAGCUGAAUCUAUAACCCCUGGUAGUGAUUCUGGAAAAUUGGUUAGUUCAUCUUCAUCUUCUACUGUAAAGACUCCCUUUGUAUCCGGAGAUGUGUCAGGUAGUGACCUUGUCAGUGGGGUGGUGCCAAUCAUUACGCCAAGAUAGAAACUUGAUGAAACUAGCAGCAGCAGUAGCAUUCUAUGUGAUCUUGGAAUUUUGUAGUCCUGUGAAUUCAACAGACAUGUUAUCUUUUCUCUGUACAUUCUUUUAAAGUAUAUUGUUGUGUAGAAUGAUUCAUAUAGAGCAUUAGCUGGUGGCAUAUGGAUUUUGUAGCACUAAGACACUUUUUGUUGAAUUGUGGUUGUUUGAAGCUUAAUAAGUACUUGGAAAGUGAAA